AUGUAAAAAUGUUCUUCACAGGCAUGAAAGCAGUCAUAUUGGAGAGAAACCCUAUGGAUGUAAACUGUGGCAAAGCCUUUCCAUAUAAAAGUCAUCUUCAAAUGCAUGAAAGAAUUCAUACUGGAGAGAAACCCUAUGAAUGUAAUCACUGUGGUAAAACCUUUUCAUCUAAAAGUCAUCUUAAAUCACAUGAAAGAACUCAUACUGGAGAGAAACCCUAUGAAUGUAAUCAUUGUGGUAAAGUCUUUGCCUAUAAAAGUAAUCUUCAAAUACAUGAAAGAAGUCAUACUGGGGAGAGACCCUAUGGAUGUAAUCACUGUGGUAAAACCUUUUCAUCUAAAAGUCGUCUUAAAUCACAUGAAAGAAUUCAUACUGGAGAGAAACCCUAUGAAUGCAGACAAUGUGGUAAAGUCUUUGCAUAUAACAGUCUACUUCACCGGCAUGAAAACAGUCAUACUGGAGAGAAACCCUAUAGAUGUCAUCUCUGUGGUAAAGCCUUUUCAUCUAAAAGUCAUCUUAAAUCACAUGAAAUAAUUCAUACUGGAGAGAAACCCUAUGAGUGUAAUCAAUGUGGGAAAGCCUUUGCCCAUAAACGUAAUCUUCAAACACAUGAAAGAACUCAUACUGGAGAAAGACUCUAUAAAAGUAAUCACUGUGGUAAAGUCUUUGCUAAUAAAAAUCAUCUUCAAAUACAUGAAAGAAGUCAUACUGGAGAGAAAACUUACGGAUAUAGUUAAUAUGGUAAAGUUCUUGGACAUAUCAUAGUCCCCAAAUAUGGGAAUAUGGGACAAUUUGAAUAAUAAAACCUGUUUGCAAAUA